AAUAAAUUAUUUGACUGUGCAGAGGGGAAAAAGAGAGAGAGAGUGACUUGGGGAAAGGGUCAGCAGAGCAGAUCAGAGUGAAGAGUGUGAGAGUGAGGGAGGGUUCGAUAAUUAAGUAGGCCAAGGGUUUUUCAACAGCAACAACAAAGAGAGACAGAAAAAUGUGGAGGAGGAGGAGCCAUUUAUUACUCAACAACGCCGUAAGAACCUCCCUCCACCUCUCCUCCUUAUCGGCUUCCACCGCUUCCAGAGGAAGAACCCUCCUCACUCCCUCCUCCAAUUCUCCCUUAUUCGAACCCCCUUCUUCUCACUUAGCCCAAAACAACCGCCUUUCCUCUCCUCUCUCCUCCACCAUCUCCGUCCGCCUCCUCCGCACCGGCCGCGACCCCUUCACCAGUUUUGAGAUUACGCCACCUGUGAAUUGGGGGAUACGGAUUGUGCCGGAGAAGAAAGCGUUUGUGGUAGAGAGAUUUGGAAAGUACUUGAAGACGCUGCCAUCUGGAAUCCAUUUCUUGAUUCCUCUUGUCGAUCGAAUCGCUUAUGUUCACUCUUUGAAGGAAGAGGCUAUUCAGAUUCCUGAUCAAUCUGCUAUUACCAAAGACAAUGUCAGCAUUCUUAUCGGCGGCGUCCUCUAUGUCAAGAUUGUGGAUCCUAAGCUUGCCUCUUAUGGUGUUGAGAAUCCCAUCUAUGCUGUCGUUCAACUUGCCCAGACAACUAUGCGUAGUGAGCUUGGUAAGAUUACUCUUGACAAGACCUUUGAAGAAAGAGACACUCUCAACGAAAAGAUUGUGGAGGCCAUCAAUGUGGCUGCAACAGACUGGGGUCUCCGAUGUCUUCGUUAUGAAAUAAGGGAUAUAUCUCCUCCACGUGGGGUGAAGCAAGCUAUGGAGAUGCAGGCAGAAGCAGAACGUAGAAAGAGAGCUCAAAUUCUUGAGUCUGAAGGAGAGAGACAGGCCAAUAUUAAUAUUGCUGAUGGUCAUAAGAGUGCUCAGAUCUUGGCAUCACAAGGAGAGAAACAAGCUCUCAUCAACAAAGCACAAGGUGAGGCUGAAGCCAUCAUUGCUAAAGCACAAGCAACAGCCAAAGGAAUUGCCAUUGUGUCAGAGAAUAUUAAAAAGAGUGGGGGAAUUGAGGCGGCUAGUUUGAAAAUUGCUGAGCAAUAUGUGGGAGCUUUUGGUAACAUUGCCAAAGAGGGGACAACAAUUCUGCUUCCCAGUGCUACUGGCAAUCCUGCCAAUAUUAUGGCUCAAGCUUUCACUAUGUAUAAGAACCUGCUCGGUAGUGUUUCCAGUGGUGGUCCUAAUGAAUCUUCUUCAUUAGUGGAAGGUGCAUCUGUUGAACCUGUGGAUCCAGCCACAAUUAUAGAGGAUAAUGCUACCUCCCUUGAAACUAAAGCCAAGGAUGAGAGUGCCAGAGAUAAUGGUGAAACAGGAUUUUCACUUCAGAGCAGCAAAAAAGGGAAAGCUGAGUAGAGUUUGUGGAAUAUGAAGGAAUGAUGAGUUGAUUUUGCCAAAAGUAUUCACCAAAUGCACGCACCACUUCCUUCUUUGAUUUUUAUUUUUUUUUUCUAUUUUCCAGUUGUAUGACUAAUUACAAAAGCCAGAUUCUAAGUUCAGCCUUUCAAAGAGAGAAUUCGAAGACUAGACCAUAGGGUGGGGGGUUCCGAAACCAUUCAGUUUGUUCUUUUGCCUGCUCUAUUGUCCUGGAUCUCCAACUUCAAAUCAACGGGGACUGGAGACUUUUGCUAACAAAUUUAUAUGGGAAGAACCAUUGAGGUUAUUUUGCAGGGGUGAGGCGACCGUUUGCACAUAUUCCCGUAGCUGUGUCCGCCUAGCUGGAUCAUUUUUCUUCGCGAAUUUGUUUCAAUAAAGGUGCAGGAUGACUGCCUUAACAACUAUUUGAUA